AUGGUAGCAAUGGUUGGCGUUGCGGAAUCCGUCGUCUCCAAAGACGGCAAUGGCGAGGAAUCGCAGAAGAAGCGGAUCUAUAAUGUAGACGACGGCCAGGUACGGCGUCCGCAUUCUCAAGGGCAGUCUGAGGCACAAAGCAGUACGUCGAACGCUCAGUCUUUGGCCCUGCUAGAGAACCCGGCACCGGAGAGCCAAAGUCACCCGACUGACCAGCCGGACUCGGGCCACGGAGAAAGGAUACCCCCCUUCGACGCUUUGUUGGCCGCAAAGAACGCCUUCCCGCGCGCUGCUUUCUUCGCCGGGCUCCGCAUGGUCCGAGAUCAGAUCGAGACAGACAUGAGCCCGACGCCGUUCAAGAGACAGGCGUUCGUGCGGUUCCCGCCAAAGGAGUACAUCUUCGACCUGGGGCAGACCGUCGUCGAAGACACGCAGCUCUUCUGCCCGACUGUGACGCGCGGCCAGUUCUCGAGGCUUCUCGAUGCGCAGUACGCCGCCGGCCCCGCCAACAGCGAUGACCACCCGGCGAGGUUCGCCAUCAUCAACGCCCUUUUCGGGGCCGCCGUGCGCUGGAGGACGGCGAACGACUCCUUUGACGAGAUGAGCGCGAUCAGCUGGGGCUUCUACAAGAACGCCUAUGCAGUUUUCCCAGAGCUCAUCGUUGGAGGGGGCGACGUCUCGGCCUGCGAGGCGCUGUUGGCCAUGGCCACGUUCUUGCUGGGAACAGCCGAUACCCGGACAACGACGCAACUGGCAUCCGCGGCGGCUCGGACAUUGCAAAUAUUGGGGCUGCAUGUGCGAGAGACCUACGCCAACCUUGACGCCGCAGAGUCAGAGCGGCGUAGGCGGGUCUACUGGGCGUCGUACAUCCUCAACACCGACGUGAUGGUCAAGCACGGCGGGCUGCCUUCUCCCCACGAUCUUGGUGACAUGAUCGAGUUCCCUACGGAGAGCUUCGCCGUCGGCGACGACCCGGCUGCACGGCCACUUGACUUCUUCCCAAGCAUGGCGCGGCUGUCCGUGAUCCAGAUGCGCAUUCACAGGCAGUUUUCUCCCCACAACCUCCAGCUACGGUCAGGCGGGGAUCACCACGUGGUUGUCAUGACAUGCGACGGCGAGCUUGACGAGUGGAGGAGCUCGCUUCCCGAGGAUCUGCAGCCGGAUUACACCGCCCUCCUCGCAACCAGGGAGUUGGAGACGCCGGUGGCUCUGCUGCAUCUUGUCUAUCUUAACGCCCUGAUCAAGGCUCACAUAGGCCUGGCCCAGGUCAAGAACGCGUCCCGACUGCACCCGCUGUCCCCGUUCUACACCUCGUGGCUGAGCAGCGAGUCCUUGCCCACGAUAGAGCAGUCUUACGCCAAGUGCGUCUCGGCAGCGCGGGCCACGAUUGAUCUCUUUCGGGUCAUGUCGCCGCAGCCAUACGUGCAUCUAUGGGCCAUCAUAUGCUAUCCAGUGAUGGCGACCUUGAUACUUCUUUGGGCCUCACUCGAGGAGCCCAUGGGACCGCACGCCCAACUCAACGUCAGGAUGAUGGGUCAGUUUGUCCAGUUCCUGGCGGGAGUCAAGGAAGAAGGCCUGGACGUCCAGAACGUGCUGGACGGCUGCUCAAAACUAUACAAGGUUGCCAAGUACGCCGUGUAUACACAGAGGACGAUCAGACUCCUGAGGCCACUGGACGAGGACCCGGAUGUGAGAGACCAACUCGAGGCUCUCCGACUGAAACUCUCGGACGUCACCGACUGGAUGCACCUGGCACAAGGCCUCUUGGGCAACAUGCCCACCCUUGUUGCACAGGCACGGGGCGUGCUGGCAGAUGUACUUGGGAUGGAGCAGCAAGACGGGGAAUAUGGAAUGUUCGCCCCUAACGUACUGAAGCCGCAAGGAUUCAACGUCUCAUUUAGCUCCUGA